GUAAAUGGACGCGUAUAAAUGUGUCAAAGCAAAUUACUCACUGCAAGUGAGUCGACUGACCCAUCUCGGACUCGGAAAAGUUUUCAGUGUAUGUAUUGGUACAGCAAGUUUGGUUUGUGCUAGUCUUUGCAUGGAGGCACACUUGUUGAUCAAAAUUCCAAUCAGGGUCUGUGCCUGCAGACUACCCCCCCCCCCCCAGUCUUCUUAGGCGUUGAAAUAGCCCAGUUUAUUUAUGGUUAAAGACUGUUCAAAGAUCUAUAUAGGACUAGUCAAAGACCAAAAAGACAAGAAAUAUCCAUCAGUCUUUCAGAAUUCUUUGAGGGGUCUUUCUGAGCCAUUCCACAGAAAAUGACAUAUUUCAGUUAUCUUGAAGACUGCUGUAAGACCUUGCCAAUUUUUGCUCUUUCAAAGGUCCUUUAAAGGAUAGAUGCAUUGUGUCUUAGUGUUGACAUGAUAACACACCAUCAACAAAUUGGAAAAAAAAAAUCUUUAGAUGAGAGCUGUUUUACUUUGGUCUUAAUGUUUUUACGAUUUGAACAAGAUGAUUUUUUUUUCUUCCAGAUAAAGAUCUUUUGGAUGGAGUGGACAUGAGACAAUCAUCAAUAACGGAAUGCAGUGAAGAUGAGUCCCAUCAGUGUUUACAAUGCAAUAAGACGUUUCCAGAUGAGAAUUCUUUAGUUCUACAUCAUAAAACACACUCUAGGGAAGUUGAGUUUGCUAGUCAUAUUUUGACAGAGGUUGGAGACAGAUGCUUCAAGUGCCCCCAUUGUCAUAAGAAUUUUGAAUGUAGGGAUUAUCUUAUAACCCAUAUGAGCACACACACUGGAGAAGAAUCUUAUAGUUCUCAUAGUGACAAGGGAUUUUCUCAAAAGAGUGAUCUUACAAAUCAUAUUAGAACUCAUACAGGAGAAAAACCCUAUAUUUGCUCUCAUUGUGGUAAGAGAUUUUCUCAAGAGAGUUAUCUAAUCUGUCAUAUAAGAACACACACAGGAGAAAAACCUUAUCGUUGCUCUCAUUGUGACAAGCGAUUUGUUAAAAAGAUUUUUCUUACCCAGCAUGUACGAGCACACACAGGAGAAAAACCCUAUAUUUGCUCUCAUUGUGAGAAGAGGUUUGCUACAAAGGUCAGUCUUACCUGUCAUAUUAGAACACAUACUGGAGAAAAACCCUUUAUUUGCUCUCAUUGUGGGAAAGGAUUUUCUCAAAAGAGUAAUCUUUCUUGUCAUAUAAGAACACACACAGGAGAAAAACCCUUUAUUUGCUCUCAUUGUGGGAAAGGAUUUUCUCAAGAGAGUUAUCUUAUCUGUCAUAUAAGAACCCACACAGGAGAAAAACCCUAUAUUUGCUCUCAUUGUGAGAAGAUGUUUGCUACAAAGGUCAGUCUUACCCGUCAUAUUAGAACACAUACUGGAGAAAAACCCUUUAUUUGCUCUCAUUGUGGGAAAGGAUUUUCUCAAAAGAGUAAUCUUUCUUGUCAUAUAAGAACACACACAGGAGAAAAACCUCAUCAAUGCUCUCAUUGUGAGAAAAGAUUUACUGACAAGUCCACUCUCAGAAGUCAUAUAAGAAAACAUACUGGAGAAAAACCUCAUCAUUGCUCUCAUUGUGAAAAGAGAUUUAAUCACAAGACCGCUCUUACAAAUCAUAUUAGAACACAUACUGGAGAAAAACCUUAUCAAUGCUCUUAUUGUGAGAAGAGAUUUUCUACCAAGGCCAAUCUUAUAACCCAUAUGAGCACACACAAUGGAGAAGAAUCUUAUAGUUCUCAUAGUGACAAGGGAUUUUCUCAAAAGAGCGAUCUUACAAAUCAUAUUAGAACUCAUACAGGAGAAAAACCCUAUAUUUGCUCUCAUUGUGAGAAGAGGUUUGCUACAAAGGUCAGUCUUACCCGUCAUAUUAGAACACAUACUGGAGAAAAACCCUAUAUUUGCUCUCAUUGUGGGAAAGGAUUUUCUCAAAAGAGUAAUCUUUCUUGUCAUAUAAGAACACACACAGGAGAAAAACCUUAUCAAUGCUCUCAUUGUGAGAAAAGAUUUACUGACAAGUCCACUCUAAAAAGUCAUAUAAGAAAACAUACUGGAGAAAAACCUCAUCAUUGCUCUUAUUGUGACAAGGGAUUUUCUCAAAAGAGCGAUCUUACAAAUCAUAUUAGAACUCAUAAAGGAGAAAAACCCUAUAUUUGCUCUAAUUGUGGUAAGAGAUAUUCUCACGAGAGUUAUCUUAUCUGUCAUAUAAGAACACACACAGGAGAAAAACCUUAUCGUUGCUCUCAUUGUGAGAAGGGAUUUGUUAAAAAGAUUGAUCUUACCCAGCAUGUACGAACACACACAGGAGAAAAACCCUAUAUUUGCUCUCAUUGUGAGAAGAGGUUUGCUACAAAGGUCAGACUUACCUCUCAUAUUAGAACACAUACUGGAGAAAAACCCUUUAUUUGCUCUCAUUGUGGGAAAGGAUUUUCUCAAAAGAGUAAUCUUUCUUGUCAUAUAAGAACACACACAGGAGAAAAACCUUAUCAAUGCUCUCAUUGUGAGAAGAGAUUUACUGACAAGUCCACUCUUAGAAGUCAUAUAAGAAAACAUACUGGAGAAAAACCUCAUCAUUGCUCUCAUUGUGAAAAGAGAUUUAAUCACAAGACCGCUCUUACAAAUCAUAUUAGAACACAUACUGGAGAAAAACCUUAUCAAUGCUCUUAUUGUGAGAAGAGAUUUUCUACCAAGCCCAGUCUUACAAAUCAUAUCAGAACACACACUGGAGAGAAACCCUAUAUUUGCUCUCAUUGUGGUCAGAGAUUUUCUCUAGGGAGUAACCUUAUCUGUCAUAUAAGAACACACACGGGAGAAAAACCCUAUAUUUGCUCUCAUUGUGGGAAGGGAUUUUCUCGAGAGAGUAAUCUUAUCCGUCAUAUAAGAACACACACAGGAGAAAAACCUUAUCGUUGCUCUCAUUGUGACAAGAGAUUUUCUAACAAGGUCAGUCUUACAUAUCAUGUUAGAACACACACAGGAGAAAAACCCUAUAUUUGCACUCAUUGUAAGAAGGGAUUUGUUAAAAAGACUGAUCUUACCCAUCAUAUACGAACACACACAGGAGAAAAACCCUAUAUUUGCUCUCUUUGUGAGAAGAGGUUUGCUACAAAGGUCAGUCUUACCUGUCAUUUUAGAACACAUACUGGAGAAAAACCCUAUAGUUGCUCUCUUUGUGGGAAAACAUUUUCUCAAAAGAGUACUCUUCGUUGUCACAUAAGAACACACACAGGAGAAAAAUCUUAUCGUUGCUCUCAUUGUGAGAAGAGAUUUUCUACCAAGGUCAAUCUUACAAAUCAUAUUAGAACACAUACUUGAGAAAAACCUUAUCAAUGCUUUUAUUGUGAGAAAGGAUUUUCUAGCAAGAGUCAUCUUUCCUAUCAUAUAAGAACACACACAGGAGAAAAACCUCAUCAUUGCUCUCAUUGUGAAAAGAGAUUUACUCACAAGACCGUUCUUAAAAAUCAUAUUAGAGAACACAUACUGGAGUAAAACCUUAUAUAUACUCCCACUGUCAAAAGGGAUUUGCUAAAAAAAAAAAGGGAUCUUACCCGUCAUAUUAGAACACACACUGGAUAAAAACCCCUAUAUUCAAAUCCUGCUGUGAAAUGGAAUUUGGUAAAAAAAAAAGUAAAAAUUCAUAUCUUACCCAUCAUAUAAGAACACACACAGGAAAAAAAACCUAUAUCUGCUCUCUUUGUGGGAAGAGAUUUUCUCAAAAGGGCGAUCUUACCCGACAUAUAAGAAAACACACAGGAGAAAAACCCUAUAUUUGCUCUCAUUGUAAGAAGAGAUUUACUGACAAGUCCGCUCAUACCCGUCAUAUAUGAAACGCACGGGAGAAAAACCACAUCAUUGCUCUCAUUGUGAGAAGAGAUUUACUGAAAUUCCAUUCUUACAAAUGUUAUAACACACUUAGGAGAAAACCCUGUAUCUGCUCUCAUUGUGAGAAGAGAUAUGCUUAAAAUGGUGAUCUUAUCCAUCAUAAGAACACACACAGGAGAAAAAUCCUAUAUUUGCACUCAUUGUGAGAAAGGAUUUGCUAAAAAGAUUGAUCUUGCCUAUCACAUACGAACACACACAGGAGAAAAACCGUAUAUUUGCUCUUAUUGUGAGAAGAGGUUUGCUCUAAAGGGCAAUCUUACCCGUCAUAUGAGAACACACACAGAAGAAUAACCCUAUAUCUGCCCUCAUUGUGAGAAGAGGUUUGCUCUAAAGGGCAAUCUUACCCGUCAUAUGAGAACACACACAGAAGAAUAACCCUAUAUUUGCCCUCCUUGUGGAAAGAGGUUUGCUAAAAAGGGCAAUCUUAUCCAUCAUUUAAGAACACAUAUACACGAGAAUAACCCUUUAUUUGAUCGUAUUUAGGAAAGGUAUUUGCUAAAAAGAGUGAUCUUACAACUCAUAUAAGAAUACAUGCUACAGAAAAAAAAAACCUUAUUGUUGCUCUCACUGUGAAAAUGGAUUUUGUAAACAGAGCUGUCAUACACGUCAUUUAAGGACACACACACAGGAGAAAACCCCUAGAUUUUUUUCUCAUUGUGAGAUUUUCCUAAAAGAGACGAUUAUGUAUUAGACACAGUCAGUUACGAAUUUUAUACUGAAAAAAUGACGAUUUGCCAAUUAGAAGAAACUCACAAUCCUCUAUGGUUGCGAUGUCCCACCAACCAAAAGUGACUUCGCUAAAAAAAAAUCAGUGAACUGUAGCGUUGCUUGGUUCUCUGGGAGGGAGUUUGAGAACGGUUCUGAACUUUUUGUAGAAUCCCACCCCAGACGUUUGAAAGCUGAAACCGUAAACUACCUCCUGGAUUCUCAAACCACCUGAUUUCUCUGUCUAGGAUUCCCAUGUGUGCCUGCCCGGACUACGACGACAAACAAACGAAAGCUCGCACGUGUUCUCAUACUGGGUAAACAAUAGUCAAAACAGCUUUAUUGAAUCUAGUCUCUUCAUUAUGGUCAAAGCUGACUCUUUGGCUUGCUGAUUCACUUUGUUCCUUAGAUUCCCGUAAAAACUAUAAACAAACAAACAAAUGAACAAAAUCCAACAUAAGUAUAUCAUCAUAUCAAAGCAUGUUACAGUGCAACUGCAUUAUAACGAGGCACUUGGGACGAGAGAAGAUACAUUGUUAUAGGUAAAGUCUGCCACAUCAGUGCCUUUAAUAAUAAGGUUCCACUGUAUUAUGAGUCUAAACAUUAUACUAAGGUGAAUAACAAUUAACUUCAAUUUAAAGUAAUUGGACUUAAAUUAUCAUAAUAGCAAUACUGUCCAGUAUUUAAUACACUAAGUGUUGUGAAAAUUAGAAAUAAACUCUAAACUGAUAUCCUACAAAUAAGGAAUAUUUGUAAAUGUAUUUAACUGUAUACAAUGGGUGUCCAAAACAGCUUAAAUAGACAAUGUAAUUGCAAAAAUGUUAUGUGAGCAAUAAAUGUAAUGUCAACCAUCUUAUAUCAAGUUUUGGCGUAUUUGAGUGCUUAUUUCCUCAGGACUGAGGUUUGAGUUUAAUCUAGUUGAGUUAUCAUUACACAAUAAAUUCGAUACUGAUUAAGAGUUUCUGUAUAUUUCCAUACAAACAAAUAUUCAUAAUUAUAGUACUACACAAAGACCUGCACACUAUGCGUACAAUGCAUCAAUCUGAUACACGAGCUAUUGAAGUUCUACAGUAGGAUAACACUGAUUGCUGUAUGCAUACUGAGCGAGUUCUCUUGAAAUUAAACCUAAAAGUUCUAUUUAUGCUUACCACUGUGCCACUUGUUACCAAAGUCUCAGGCAGGCAUAAAUAAUAUGCCGAUUAACGAUGCAAUUCCUUUUCCAUCGCCAUAACGUGCCCCAGUUUUGGGCCAAAAAUUACAAUCUUCGUAGACGAUAAAAUUAUGGAAUGCCAAAUAGACAAUUACAACCGCACGGUGUAUGAAGUGCCUUUACACCAUGUUCUUGUUUAAAACAUGUCCUGUAGUGUCCACUCUAAAAUGACAGCUAUUUUGAUACCCAAGAAGAUUGGGGUGCUCAUUCAGCUCACCCGCUUGUGUUUUCGGCCAUCCACUACGCGAUGUGAUGCGUGUUGCCCGUGGCAUAAUCUCAUUACUAAUUGAUUAUGCUACUUUGUGCUUAAAAUGAAAAGUUUGCUCUUAUGAACUAAAUAAGGCCCCCAAAUUUCUAACCCUAACCCUCCUCCAGUCUUACUCGGGUCAAUCAUAAUAAGAACAAUAAAAAUAAUAAUUUGCAUUUACAUAGCACUUUAUCAAUCUUACUACUGCUCAAAGCCCUUCACUAUGGUUUAACUUGGCUCUUUGGAAGCUUGAUUUGGUAGUGUGUACCAACUCAUAACUUGAGCCAAAAUGAAGGUAGAUAAUGAUAGGAGCAAUUACUACAGUAUUGUUGGGUGGAUGUUUUUUAGUCCAGAAUACUUUUUUUAGUAUUAUCUCGGUACAGUAUUACAAUUUAUAAUGUAUUAUUUACACCACAGGAACUAUAAAUUGAUUUUUGUAUUACCCCCCCCCCUCC